GGAAGCAGGAAUGAGGUUUGGGAUGGGAAGGGAUGGGAUCGAUGGAAUGUGAGGGAUGCAAUGGUUGGGAAGGUAAGGGAACGGAAGCGAAGGGAUGCAGCGGUAUGGAAGGAAAGGGAUGGGAUGUAAGCAUAGGGAUGGAAGGGAUGGAAGGGAUGGAUGAGAUGGAUGCCAUGGAAGGGAUAUAUGGGAUGGAACUGAUGGAAUGGAAGGGAUGGGAAGGGAUGCAGGGGAGGGAAUGGAAGGGAAAGGGCGGAAGGGAAGAAAUGGAUAGGUGGAAUGGAAGCGAAAGGGAUGGAUUGGAAGGGGUGGAUGAAGGGGAUAUAUGGGAUGUGAUGGAAUGGAAGGGAAGGGGUGCAGUGGAGGGGAUGGAAGCGAAGGGGCGGAAGGGAAGAAAUGGAUCAUGGAAGCGGAAGGAUGGAAUGGAUGGGAUGAAAUGGAAGGGAAGGACAGAAACAGCGGCAAUGGAUAGCCCAGAAGCAGCAGAUGACCCAGGUCUCCUAGAGACCAACGCAUUUUAUGAAGCGCAACUCUCCAGUGAACAGUGGCUUUUAUGCCAGUCUGAUGCGCCGUUUGAAAGGAGAACACUAGAGAGAGAGAGUGCUUCUCUGGGAAUGAAUAAAGACCUUUUGGAGGCGAUUCAGCGAUUGCAAGCCCAAUGCGAUCAACUGGCACAAGAGAAGAGUGAGAUAGAGGACAUGCUUGUCUGCGAGCAGCUGCAGCACAACAAGGCUGUAGCGGAGAUGGGAGCGGAAAUAGCGACCUUGAGGAGAAGCUUGGCCGACUGUGAAACACGGAUCCUGAGCUUAGAACUUCAAGUUGAUGGAUUCAGUCUAGAUGAUGGGAAGGAAGUUGAGCUGGAUGGGUUUGAUGAUGAUGCACCCAAACUUAGAAGCACUUCAAGGGCGGCGGUUGAUGGCCGCUUCUUCCCCCUGAGGAGUUCCGGAGAACAAGACAAAGAUGGACUGCUGGCCGAGUGUGAAAGACUCCGCACUGAGCUUGCUCGUAGUGAGGCAGCCCGGUUUGAAAUGCACAGACAACUUGAGGAGAGUAAGCAACUCAGGGCAUUGGUAAUGGAAGAGGAUGGUCCUUUGAAGGACAAGCUGGUGACGAUGAUGUCAAGGAUGGGGGAAGGAGAGCUGCAAGUCACACGAGGCUCUGACGAUGGAUCAAGAUGUGGUGACGACGGAGAUGAGACACUUCGCAGCUAUGAGGACAAAGCAGUUGAAGCUGAUGUGUGGCCCGAGCAUUGGACGCAUCUGGAGUCGACGACACCCCGGACACCAAAGGACAUGUAUGGCAGAGUGCAGGCACUGUUAGAGCUCGGAGAGGAGUCAUUGAAUGAUGUUGGACCUGAGGAGGAGGCUCAGCUGCGGGCAAGGCUAGAGGAAGCUGAGAGGAGCAAAACAAAGUGGCAGGAAGAAGCUCAGGCUCUAGAAUCAGCCCUGAGGGACCGGGGUGAAAGAAUUGUAAUUCUGGAAGAAGAGCUCAGGGAGGAAAAAGUCAAAGUUGUGGCACCGAGUGCUGCAUUCACAGAAGAUGAGAGGGUGUGGGAGCAGGAGGUGGAUUCUCUUCAUCGCGUUCUGAAGGACCAAGAACACCGAAUUGCUGAGCUGGAGGCAGAGCUAAGGGAGGAGAAGGCGAAAGCAAGAUUGGACGCCGAUGACUUUGCGCAGCAAAUGACAGACCUGAGGUUGGAAAUGAGUGAGAUAGUGGACGAGGAGAAGUGGAGGAGAUCACAAGCAGAGGAUAUAAGUGUCAGGAGAGUGAAAGAACUGGAGAACGAAUUGGACGUAGCACAAAAGGAACGCACUGCAGCAUUGGCGGACAAAAGGGCGGCACAGGAGCUGAUGGAGAAGCGAGAGCAGUCAAGGAUAGAGGCCGAGAGCAAGGUGUCCAUGCUUGAGAAGAGGCUGAAAGAAGAGUGGGACCAAGCAAGCAAGGCAGAGGAGAGGGUAAGGGUUCUGGAGGAGUUACUCCAGGGUAAGGACGAAAUUAAAGGACUGGAUAUUGUGGAAGUGAAGCUUGCGAGGGAGAAGUUGGCACGUGAGAAAGCAGAGGCUGAGCUGAAGCUUGCGAAAGCACUUGAGGACUGCGAAGCUUUGCGACUCUCGGUCAGGGAAGUUUGCGCCGAGCGAGACCGCAUGGCAAGCGAUGUCGUGCAGCUGCAGAGAAGUCUUGACGAUUCCGGAAGCACUACAGCGAAGCUCGUUGCGAGAAUGGAGCGGCUUGAAGAGGAGUUGCUCGAUCUUAAAGAAAAGGAAGAGGGUUCCGGUCAGAGGGAACAGGAGUGGGAACAGGAAAAGGAACAGCGAGAGCGGCUGACGGAGGAGAUGGCGGAACGUGUGAAGGAGAUGGAGGGUGCUGCGGAGCGCGCUCGACAGGCCGAGGAGCGUUUUGAGGAGCUGCAGAAGGAACUUGGCGAGAGGGACGUGAAGAUUGCAUCGCUGACCGAAGAGGUCAAGAUGAGGAUGGAAGUUGUUGAGGCGAAGGUGCAGUUAGCACAGGAGCUGGAGCAGGUGAAGGAGGAGAAGUUGGCCCUGGAAACCGAGCUCUCCCUGGUGUCGGAAAGAUCGAAGGUAUGGGAGGAUAUGGUAAAUGAGCACGACGUGAGCGACGACGGAGUCAGUUCAACGAUGAACGAAGUGCUCCGAAAAUGGCAGCGGGAAGUUCUAGAGAACCAGAGGAUGGCCAAGGAAUUGUCGGAAGUGGAGAAAGUCUGCCAGGGAAUGAAGGAGGAAAAGGCCAUAGCAACAAGAAUGUUUGGGAAGGCUCUGGAAAGUGUGUGCAAAGAUCUGAUCAUUCUUCUGAAGCUGCUGCUCGAAGAAGGGGACGAAGCGAAGAAGGCGGAAGCCCUCGAACCCCAUGUGGGGCGCGCGCAAAGGCUGGGUAGCAGUUUGGCCUCCCACAGAUCUUCAGGCGGUGAUGUCAAGGUGGAUUUGAGUCAGGCUAUGUCAGAGCUAGUUGACGUCGUGGGACAGGGGCUAGCCGCUGCGAGAAAGGAAGUUAGUGAAUGCAGGAGUGCGUUCACGGAGAAGGAAGUGGCAAUGCAGAGCACGAGACGAGCAAUGGAGACGGAACUCGUGAAAGUCAGGGAUGAUCUAGAAGCAGAGAAAAUUGAGGAUAGAACAGCACUUGCAAAGCCGGUCGAGAAGAUGAUCGACAGGGUAGCUGGGGAAAUGCUGCAUGUCCUGCAUGUGAUUGAGCAAGUGAACCUCACAGCCGGGUCGAAGGUUGAAUUGCCGGAGUCAAUGGAGGAGAGGAUCAGCCGCAUAAUGGGGUCGUCAUCGAUACUCCGAGGGUCGUCUUCGCUGGAAGACGGCGGAAAGGUGUUUUCAGGCUGGCUGGCUGACUUGCUUACUGAGUUCACAGAUGUGUCAGUCAAGAUAGGCGUUCUGACCCGGAAGCAACUCGGAAGUCUUCGGGAUCGACUGGAAGACCUUCGUGAUGAGCAUGAAACGGUACGCUCCGAACAGGAGAGGCUAUUCGCAGAAUAUGAGCGACUCCAGUCGGAGGAGAAGGCUGCAAGGAUUGCAGAGAAUCCAGCUGUAAUGACUGCGGGACGGGCGUCUAUUCAGGUGAAGAUGGUAGGGUGUACAUGAGAGGCUGUUUGCAGAAUAUGACCAAGUACACUGCUGCAAGUGCAUCUGUUGCUUGAGCAAUG